UCUCGAAAAAGCCGUCUUAACCUCUCAAUCUUUGCCUCGUCCACAACUCCGCCGCAUUAUCUCGCCCCUCUCCCCAUUCCUCGGAACAAAACUGGAACAGAACCAGUGGUAAUGGCGUGUGCGUCUAUCUCGUAUAUUUGAUUUCCUCCGAUAAAACAUAAAAAAAACCUCUGUAAUCAUCAGUAAACUGGGCGUAUUCAUGCCCCACCGUAUCUCCUCGCGAUUCACCCCACAUUCCCCCAAUGUUCUCAUUCAAAGCACCAGUAACUCCCUCCAAAUUGUGAAAAAAAAAUGGUUCUAUGUGGUGCGCAAUGAAUGACGAAUACGUGUUGUAACGAAAUAAUAAGGGUACCAAAUGUAUCAUUUAAACGUGACUAACAUACCAAGUAACAUACAUGGUAAUCGUGACGCAAACUAGUGUAUUCUCCUUGCUAAAUGAAACAAAGAUCACUCGAGGAAUUUCCCGAACAAUCGUAAUAUGAUAUUGGUGAGAUGAAGGUGACAGUGUGCUUCGAUUCAGUGAGAGUGGUGGUGCCUUGUGGCGAUGGCACCCUUCUGGUGCGUGAUUUGAUGCACGAAGCGAUAUUGAGAUAUCGCAAGGCCACUGGUAAAACCGACCCUGGACCGACGAUAACGUCAUUAUCGUCAUUAACUGGGGGUGGAUUGCUGGACCCUGAUGAUCGUCUGUGUGAUGUUGCUGACGAUCGUGAGCAGAUUGUCGCACACUUCAGUGGAAAUGAAGUGCCCCAUGUGGGUGGGGAUGGUGCUAGUUCAGUAGGUACCAACAGUCCAGAGUUCUUCCAGCAUCAUGUGGACGUUCAUGGGAGAGUGUCGGGAAUGAAGAGGGAGAGUACGAAGAGGCUGUCUAUGCAUGCACUGUCAACGAGAGAGCCUAGUUUGACGACUUACUCGGCGUUGUCACUGCCGAGAGAAUCUAGGAGACGAGAGCCAUUGGGUCAAGAUGCCAAGGCAGCUUUUGAGUUGUCCAGCAAGGCUGAGCUGCAUCUCAAGGAGGAGAUUCGUGAGAUUGUCAUCAAGAACGAAGCUGGACCCUUGGGGCUUCACGUGGUGCCUUGUUAUGACCUCUCUGGGGAUGAUCAAGGGCUGAGGGUCGAGGGGAUUGAACCAAAUGGGAGAAUAGCCAAGGACGGACAGAUUGAUCUCCAUGACAAGAUUAUCAAGAUCAAUGGGCACAAUCUGCUUCGAAUCCCCUUCACCAAGGUUCAAGAAAUAUUCCGAACGUGCAUGGCUGAGCCCUGUCUGAAAAUAUCCAUCAUCAAGAGUAAGAAGAUUAUGGAGAAGCAGAUGAGCUCUAAGAGUCUUCCUGACAAGGAGCAAGAGGAGAACAUCAGAAAGCUGCAGUGUAGCACCUAUAACCUUCUGCAGAAUGCCAACACCAGGAAAAUUGGGAGGAUUUUGGAGAUUGAGUUGACUAAGGGGACUGAGCCCCUGGGUUUUAGUGUCACCACGAGGGACAAUCCUGCCGGGGGUCAUUGUCCCAUUUACAUAAAGAAUAUUCUUCCAAGAGGGCCUGCUGUUGAAGACGGGAGACUUCGGCCUGGAGAUCGAUUACUUGAGGUGAAUAACGUGGAGAUGACUGGUAAGAGUCAGGACGACGUGGUGUCUUUACUGAGGAGCAUUCCACCUGGGGGAAAAGUCCGGAUAACCGUGUCUCGACAGGAGGAUGUGCCAAGUGCAGCUGAUGCUUCAGGAUCUGAAGUGACACCUGACAAACCGACAGCUGAAAUACAUUUUUCAUCGCCCAAAAAGGUGCCCAAGGCUGAAUCACCACCAAGUACUCCAUUUAAACAAGUGCCUUUGGACGAUGUUGUUCUCUCUCCCAGGAAGAAUAGAAUGAUUCUGACUCUAGAUAUACCAGUUCACGAUUCCGAAAAGGCUGGUCUUGGUGUCAGUGUCAAGGGAAAAACCAGCAGUACCGAUGAUCACUCGAGUAUGGAUCUCGGUAUUUUUAUAAAAUCUGUACUCAAUGGUGGGGCAGCAUCGCGUGACGGUCGUCUACGUACCAACGAUCAAUUGCUCAAUGUCAAUGGUAAAUCUCUGCUUGGUUUAUCGAAUUCAAAGGCGAUGGAAACACUGAGAAGUGCCAUGCUCAAUACAAACAGCUCAGUAACAGGUGUCAUAACACUGACAAUAGCGAGACGAGUGUCACCAACGUAUGAUAAUUGCGAUAGUAUUGGUAAAAUUGAGACUGCUAACAGUAUUUACGUGUCAGAUGACAAAUCUGAUAAACAUUGCAUCAAUCAGGAGGUCAUUGAUGAGGAACUUUUGCCAUCCUCAUCGUCCUCCUGGAAUCCAGUUAUCGAUAGACUAACAGAACAGUAUAGUAAAAAUAGUUUGAGAAAUGAGAGCUAUUGUUUGGCGACUAAUAAGACGUGGGUUGAGGGUGGAAAGAAGAUGAUUAUUGGUGAGCAGGAUUUACUGCUCGAGGAGUCCAGUGAGAAUGCCGAAGAGAAGAAGAGUUGUGAUGAAAAGGAUAGUCAUUAUGACAGCCAGUUGUCACUUGAGGAAUUCAAUUCCGCUAAAUUCUCGAGGGAUGCACUGGGCAGGCAGAGCAUGUCGGAGAAGAGGCAUGCGGCACUGGAUGCUAAGAGUACGGAUACCUACAAGAGGAAUAAGAAGCUCAGGGAGGGCAGGGAGAAGGAGAGCCAGGAGGAUGGUGGCGAGAAGAAGGAGGAGAAAGGGGAGAGCUCGUUUGAGGCAGCUAGAAAAAAAUUCGAAAAGUUUGAGAAUUCAGAGGCCAAAUCAGAGUAUAUUUACACUAUUCCUGGCUGCAAUAGUAAAUAUAUUUCACCCAGGAAACACUGGCUCGUGGAUGAGGGACAUGGGAAUGUCUCCAAUGGACAAUUCAAGGAAGAGGGGGAGGGAUUUUCAAACAGUCGAGGGGACGUUAAGCAAGCCUCGUUGAAUUCAGCUCUCGACGAGAGGUAUAAGAGGUCCAGGAAGAAGGGAGGCAUCAGAUCCAUGUUGAGGUUGGGGAAAAACCGAAAGUCUCUUAAUUUUGGAGAUAAUAUCGAGGGGAGACAUGAGACUAGUAAUUACUGCAGUGGCACCAUCAAUUACAUUGCAUAAUGAUUUUAUUCCAGAUGUUGAGAGAUUUUUUUUGAGGGAGACAAUCGAGAGAAUUCCAUUAUUUUUUCUUCUUUUGAUUAAUCAUGUACUUAUAUAGGAGAUAGUUACGAUUGUAAAACUUGCACGAUUAAUUUUUUAUCGAGGAUAUCAGUUGUUUCAUGUUGAAUGUUCCAAAGUGCCUUAUGAAAACUGAAAUAGGAUCAGGUGAUAAUGUAUGGAAGAUCAUUAUUUUUUUCUGUCUGUAUAUAUAUUAUUCUAUUUUUUUUAUAUCAGUACUUGAAUCGAAUCAUGUAAUCUAUUUUGCAAACAAUAAAUAAUUUUUUUUUCUUUGCACAAUGCAA